AUGGGUUCGCUCGGCAGCUUCCUCGUUGUAUAUGUGCUCGGGGGCCUCACAUUCAUCCCGCUAGUACUUUCAGUGGUCAUUCUACUUGUCUACCUGACCCUCCCGAAUGCCCCUCCCCCCGACCAGCCAUGCGAACGAGCUUCCGACCCGCUCUGUCGGCCUGCCGACGAUGAGCAUAGUCUGAAGUCCGGUACUGACCAGCUGGCCGAGAAGUUCCAUCGUUCACACGACUCCGAAGUCGCUACUGGAUACUUCGCUGUUUGUCGUGAAUACGUUCCUGGUGGAGUCAAUGGGAAGCCUCCAGAGAGGACGACGCCUGCGGGGGAGGUAGUUGCCGCCGAGAGCCCAAGCGUCUAUCAGGCCAUGUACCGGAGUUUGUUCGACAGGAAACAGGCGCCUAGUAUUGAGCCGGCAAAGUCGAAUGGGAAGAAUAUCAAGCGCGCGCGGAAUGUCUUCUACAUUGUUCUUCGACAUGGACAUUUGAUGCUUUAUGACGACGCUAAUCAAGUCGAAGUUCGCUAUGUUAUCUCGCUCGCUCACCACGACGUGACUAUCCACAGCGUCGAUGGGGAUAUUCCAGAGGGUGAGCUGUGGGUCAAACGGAAUGCUAUCUGUCUCUCACGGCGACUGGAUUCGCUUGGAGACCUUGGAGGCCCGACCCCGCCGUUCUUUCUGUUUUCUGAGAAUUGUUCUGAGAAAGAGGACUUCUAUCUUGCAAUGCUCAAAAACCAGUCCAAGCUCUGGACCUCGGCGGAUCGGCCCCCAAAGCAUCAGGAACUUGAUGUGAAACAUAUCGUCUCCUUGGUUCAACGUCUUCAUUCUUCAGAAGAGCAGUUGCAGACACGGUGGAUCAAUGCUAUCUUUGGCCGUUUGUUUCUAGCCUUGUACCGAACACCCGAGAUGGAAGAGUUCGUACGAAGCAAGAUUGCCAAAAAGAUCUCGCGCGUAAACAAGCCGAACUUCAUUAGCAAAGUUGGCCUGCAGAGGAUUGAUAUGGGCGAAGGGGCCCCGUUCAUCACCAACCCCAGGUUGAAGGAUCUGACCGUCGACGGGAAUUGCUGCGUUGAGGCGGAUGUUCAAUACUCCGGAAAUUUUCGCGUGGAGAUCUCAGCUACUGUGCGCAUUGAUUUGGGCCAGCGAUUCAAGGCCAGGGAGGUGGAUAUUGUGCUGGCGGUGGUCCUGAAGAAGCUGGAGGGCCAUCUGCUGGUCCGCUUCAAGCCCCCUCCCAGUAAUCGCUUCUGGAUGUCUUUCGAGACCAUGCCCAGGAUGGUGAUGGACAUUCAACCCAUCGUCAGCUCGAAGCAGAUCACCUUCAGCCCCAUUCUGCGCACCAUUGAGAGUAAAAUCCGAGAAGUGAUGGCCGAAAGUAUCGUUUUGCCGUUCUGGGACGAUGUUCCUUUCAUGGAUACCCAUGACCAGUCCUUCCGUGGAGGCAUCUGGCAGCGAGAGACCCCCGAGGUAGCCACCCAGGUGGACAUUCCUGAUGAAUCUGGCAACGCCCCGCCGACACCGAAGAGCCUACGUGGAGACUCGUCAAUUGAAUCCUUGAGGUCCAAGGAUGACCGAACAAUGAGCAUGCCUGUCCUUUCUGAGUCCAACCCCGCCACGGCCAAGGUCAAACCCCGCAAAGCCUUGAAGCAGUCGGUCUCAGAAUUGCCAAAUUUUCCGUCAGCCACCUCCACCGGUGUCGAAAGAUCCGACAACCUGCCAUUGCCCCGUGCUAUUCGAUCGCAGACCUUUUCCCAUGCAGCCGAUCCGGUGGUUACGGCAGACAAUGCUAACCAGAUUGUGACAGAGGCCAAGGGCGACGAGAAGGCCACUGCCACUAGCGCCAUGAUUGAAAUCUCAAAGCGCUCUCCGCCUGCUUCUCCGAAUCGGACGCCAAAUAACUCCCCGCCCAGUGAAGGUCUUAUGAUGCCGGAGAAUGCUAUCCACAGCCGGGGGUCCUCCAUCGCAGACUCCAUCGACAGUGUCAGCUUCUACGGCGAUCAUGUCAUCCAGAGUCCUUCGUCUGCCCGUCUUGAGAAUGUUUCCUUAUCUGGCCCCCGGAGCUCCCGAGGGAAUUCUACCACUUCCCUUGGCAGCGAGCAUUCCCGUCGGCGCAGCACUAUUGAGACUUUAGCCAAAUCGUUCACGUCAAACAUAUCUUCCGACGAGAAGUCCAUCGGGAACAUGACUAUUGGAUCAGCGACUGCUGCCGCAAAGAAAUGGAGCUGGAGUGUGUUUGGCAAAGGCGAGUUGAACUUAACAGAGGCAUCUCGGACUCCGGUUGGGACCCCUGAUGAGCCCAUCGGCCGCGGACACCCCCAUCCUCCGCCUGGAGCCCCCUUGCCACGUCCCGACAAGUACGCCCUGAAACGGAACUCGGGGACGUUGCCCAAACGAAAACCCGUGGGAGCACCAGUCCUGCCCGAACAGUCCAACGCAAGCGAUCAUCGACCCGUUCCCCCACCUCCUCUGCCUCGUAGGAAACCCAUUCCUCAUCAUCUCGGCACUGAUAGUGCCAACGACAAGCUGCUGGUAGUCCAGGCGCCGCAGGAUUCCGCGCCAUCCAGCCCAGCUACAGGCGAGCUGGAGCUGAACGAGACCCCGACAGGAUCGAUUUUCCUGGAGAGCGAUACCUCGUCCAAAACCGAUGCCACUGGAACGGAUCAGAAAUGGGAUGAGGAGGAUGGGCGGGAUGCCGGAUCUUUGCCAUCGGUGGACCACCCACUGUCUUCUACUCCAGAAAAUAGCCAGACCCCGCCGACUUUCGAGCCAGUCGAAGUUCGGUCUUCGUAA